UUUGACUCAAUCACAACACUUUACACUCACACUUGAUCUCUGUUUAGCAAUGUACCGAUAGCUGUCUAUCUGUGUCGGCCCUGCGAUGAGGUGGCGACUUGUCCAGGGUGUAUCCUGCCUUCCGCCCGAUUGAAGCUGAGAUUAAACCCCGAAGGAAAUAAACGAUAGAAAUGGAUGGAUGAUAGCUUCCGCGUCGCUUUGUGAGCCGCCAGCUAGCUAUAAGCUAAAUACCGAGCUAAAAUAGCACAACAAGCGUCAACGUGCACUUAGACUAAUGUAUCAGCAUACAAGCAAUUAUUAACUAUGUUUAACUCUAUUUGACGCCAUUAAUGUGCACAUGUACGGAUUAAGGACAUACAACUAUUAGUCAUCUCCACCGAACGCCAUCUUGCUUUAUCCUGGUUCUGUUUUGAUCGCGCGCAUUGUUGUCAGAUCUCGCGAGAGAAACAAGCUUUUAGCUUUCACUACCACGGACGUAGCAUAGCAGUGUGGUCUUUAAGUCUGCGUUCAGCUCUCAUUUCACGUGUGUAGUAAUUCGCCUAUUGUGUGCCAAACUGCAAGUUUAUUCAUUUUUCGUGUCAGGAUAAACUCGACUCGCCUCGGUUAACUUUGAAGAUUUGUCAGGAUUGGCUUAGUUUAGCUCGUUUGCUAGUUAGCUUAGCUUGCUAGCUGCAAACAAAGAGACGCUGAAGCGAUCAACACAUUGCUAAGCACAGAUCAAGUGUGAGUGUAUAGUUUUGGUGUUUUUGUGAAAAUGUGCGAAAGAAAGACAGCAAAGUACGAGGACGAACUUUCUCGAACAAAAGAGGAGAACAGGCGACGACUUCGGGGCGCUGUUUUCCAGAAACAUCAAGUUGUGUCACAUGGAACAGAUGUCCAGCAACUGAUUGGAUGUCCAAAAGAAAGUCUCCCUAAGUCGCAGGGGUGGAAUUCCACUUCAAAGCAGGGGGAUUCAAAUUUCUCUCCUCUUGGAGAAGAAGAGGAAGAUCCACAGCCCUCUUGUUUUAAUGAUGAAGAAAAUCAUCCACAUUCCCCUCAUGUCAAAGAGGAAGAGGAGGAGCCACAGCCUCCACACUUUAAAGAAGAAAAGGAGAGCGAGUGUCUUCAGGGGCAGGAGGAGGCUGAUAUCCCCAAGUUUCCACUGACUGUUGUCUCUGUGAAGACUGAAGACCAUGAAAACAAACCACAUGAGUCCUCACAGCUUCAUCACAGUCCAAACAUCCAACAGCUGAUUGUUCGUCAAAAAGAGCCCCUCUCUCAGUUACCUGAGUUAAGCUCCCCUUUGAAGCAGGAGAAACCACAGCCCCCCCACUUUAAAGUGGAAGAAGAAAAAGUCUGGAUCACUCAGCAGGCAGAGUGUCUUCUCGGGCAGGAGGAGGCUGAUCCCACCAAGUUUCCACUGACUGUUGUCUCUGUAAAGAUUGAAGACAAACCACCUGAGUCCUCACAGCUUCAUCACAGUCCAAGUGAGGAGAAGAGGGAGGUGGAGCCUCCAAGCAGCAGCUCACCACAACAAAUAACAACAGAAGGUGAUGGAUACCACAUUGGAGAAUCACAAGCAGACAACCUCUUAGCUCCACUAUCAGAUAGUGACGACUCAACGUCACAAGUUGAUGUAGACAUGGAAUCAGACAUGAAAGCACACACAGGGAAAAAAACUUCCAUUUGUUCAGUUUGCGGUAAAGUAUUAUCCCAAAAACGCAAUAUUCAAAUACACAUGAGAACACAUACAGGAGAAAAACCUUUCAGUUGUUCAGUUUGCGGUAAAAGAUUCUCCCAAAAAGGUAGUAUUCAAAUACACAUGAAAACACAUACAGGAGAAAAACCUUUUAGUUGUUCAGUUUGCGGUAAGAAAUUCCCCCAAAAAGGUAGCAUUAAAACGCACAUGAAAACGCACACAGGGGAGAAACCUUUCAGUUGUUCCCUUUGUGGUAAAAGAUUCUCCCAAAAAGGUACUAUACAAAUACAUAUGAGAACACAUUCAGGAGAAAAACCUUUCAGUUGUUCAAUUUGUUGUAAGUUUUUCUCUGAAAAACUUAAUAUGCAAAUACACAUGAGAACACAUACAGGAGAAAAACCUUUCAGUUGUUCAGAAUGCGGUAAAAUAUUUUCCAAAAAACAAAAUAUGCAAAGACACAUGGGAACGCAUUCAGGAGAAAAACCUUUCAUCUGCUCAAACUGUGGCAAAAGGUUUUCUCAAAGGGGAACAAUGCUGACACACAUGAGAACGCAUACAGGAGAAAAACCUUUUAAAUGUUCAGUGUGUGGUGAGGGAUUCUCUGAUAAACGCAAAAUGCAAAGACAUAUGAGAACACACACAGGAAAAAAACCGUUUAGUUGUUUAGUGUGUAGUAAAAGAUACGCUGACAAACGCAACAUGCAAAUACACAUGAGAACACACACCGGGGAAUAACUUUUCCUUUUUGGAAGUCCUCUCUGAAUGGACACAUGCAGAGUUACUAAUGGUCUACUGCAGUAGAGUGGAAAAAAUGUUCAUUUUAUGUGACUAUUUGUGUAUCAUUGUAUCCGUUACACCAUAUCCAAUUGUGUUAACAAUCCGCAAAGUAUGGGAAGAUAUUGUCUAAAAUGCCACAGGUUCCAUCCGCCAUUUUGAAUAUUUCGCUCGAAAUAUCUUUGUCGUGGUAACAUUUCUGCACUCUGGCUAUAUUAUCAGAUCAGUCCUAUUAGGAAUAUACAAACAUUGGAAAGACACGUGCUGUUUGUCAUUCACAAUCCUUAUGGAGGACAAGACUUCUGUCCAAAGGCAACACCUAGUAACCCACUUCUAGCUGAUUUUGAGAAAACAAAGGAAAACCAAUCUAUCUUGAUGCUGUCUUGCGAAGAUCUACAAAAUCAUCAAACGUAUAGAUGUUUUCUUGAGCUUUUGUUUUCUUGCCGAUUGAGCCAUGGAUUGAAUCUGCUCUCAUGAACGUGUGCCCUUUCUCCAGAUAUUUUAUCACAAUCUCGGAUGGGCCCCAUUCUGCGUUUGCACAUUAGGCAAGAGCCGUGUACAGUGUCCAGUUUUUAUUUUGACCUCCACAGUUAUCUGCCCAAAAGAGUAUGCAAGGGGAAGAAUCAAGAACAAUACGUUUAAUGAAGGUGCUUGCAACGUCCUGGGCCAAUCUUCCAAAUAUCCCCUCGUGCCACAAUAUCACAUAAUCAGGUUGACCGUCGGCCCCCAUUCGUGCAAAUGUCUCAUUAAAGACAAUAAGGCGACUGACAAAGAAGCUCCAAUUGGUCGCUUGAGAUACUAGGUUUUUCUGUUGUUUCUACACGGUUAUGUGGUAGUUGCUAGGUCCUGCCAUGCGCGUAACAGCUUACUUACGGAACAAAUUACAAUAUCGCAUACACUAAUGUAAAGCAUAUCACCUAGGAACUCCAAAAUUAUUAUAAGCUCAGUUUUGACCAAAAUUGAGUUACUGGGAUUUGCCUUUGGACGGGAGAAGAACACAUAUGCUUGGCUUUUUUUUUCUGCAUUCAAAAUCAUAAUUAAAUAGUCAACAAUUGAGUCAACAGAUGGAGGGUUUUCUGUCGCGCCCAUUAUACUCUAAUACCAACUAGGAACCGCCAACCAUACUGUAUUUACAUAUCGUUACCUGAAAAUAACCAAAUAUGAGUGAUAUUGUUUUUAGUGUCAAUGCUGAUGGCCUAUUUUAGCGGCGCAUUGAUAGCAGUGAGCUAAUGCUACCUUUAAGCUGCUAUUGUUGACACACUGAGCCGUCGGCUGCUUCUGCUUAAUCUCAAACUUGCUAAAAGUAAAUUCUAGAUUAUAAUUCAUGCAUUUCUCCCCUGGCAGUAGACAAGUGGCCAUGGACCGAGAGACUCGUCGACUUUGACAUUACCGGAGAUGGCGAAAAAUACGCUGGUUGCGGAAACUAUCUUUUACUCUUCAUGAGGAUUGCGACUAAGUCUCUAAAAGAAAUUACACGUGCGUCCUGUUGGUCAGCAUCACAACAAUGUGGAAAUUGUUUGGUUUGUUAUGAUUUAUUAUGGUUAGUUUGUAUGUUUAGUACCUAGCCAUGCUGCUGAUACAUCCGUUUAGUACUCAGCUUCUAAAACUUAUCCUGUUUGUGUUCUGGCUCUAAAAUAUAAAGUUUUGUAUGAAGAUUUUUCCUAAAGUAAUCUUUCAAAGUCUGCUUGAUUAGCAUUGUUGUUGAUGGGGAAGAGAUCAAUGUUUCCUAACGCUACGUCACGCGAUAAUUUGACUAGCUUCGUCAUUAAUUCUCAAAACGGCUCGGGAAUCGCAAAGGGAUUGAUAUUAUUUUGAUCAUAUAUUUUUAUUCGUAAACUCAAGAAGUCUUUUGGUGUAAUAAAUUAGGUAUAUAUGAUUAUAACCUCAAUAUAGCCUACUCAGUGGCCUCGUGGUUAGAGUGUCCGCCCUGAGAUCGGUAGGUUGUGAGCUGGAGGGACUCCAGUAGCCUGAGUCAGACAGUCUGACAGGUCCUGAACUGUUGGACUCUUGUCAUCUUCCUGACUUGUCACAGUGAUGCUGUGCUUCGUGGAACGUAAGCCACUGUCAUGGUUAAAGAUUCCUCGGACAUUUUAAAUGAAUUCCUUAGAUUAACGAAGCAUGGAGACUACGGCUAGCAUCUAACAACUCAUCCCAAGACUCGAACUAUCAUCAGCCGUGACUUCAGUCCGCAACGGGGAUGUAAUCAGGCGAGAACUAGAAAUUGAAAAUCUCACGGAAUAUUAUUAGUCAGAUUCACAAGUCGUAUUGGCAUACAUAUCCAAUGAUGCUAAAAGAUUUCACACAUUCGUCGCCAAUCGAAUCCAACGAAUAAGACAAAGCACAAGUGCUGAAAAAUGGCAGCACGUCAGCUCAGAAAACAACCCUGCUGAUCAUUCCUCAAGAGGUUUAAGCGCAACUCAACUGAAAGAAUCAAACUGGUUAAAAGGCCCAGAUUCCCUUUGGAAACAAGAUCUUCCAGUCAAUGAGGAAAUGGUGGGAGAGAUCGAAGAAACGGAUCCCGAACUCCGUAAAGGUCACACGCACAGCUAACCGAUCUCGACUGGAACAUAGUUGGUUGCUCGUAUCAAGUACACAAUCACAAUGAUGCCAUCGGCACAAGUCACAGAAUCAUUGUGCGUGAAGUAACUCCUGCUUCACAACCAGCAGUUGAACUCAAACAAAAAGUGCGUUUUGUAUGCAGAACUCAAGUAAAGGAAGUCAAUCCAAUUGAUGUGAUAAAGGCUUUGGAAUCUGACUUCUCUGAGCAUGCAACAGACGACAAUCCAAUUUCUCAAGAAGAUAUUUUGUUCAUGACAAAGGUGACAAAAGGGAUGAACUCAAGUAAAGAGCCCGUCUUUAAGAAGCCGUGCCAGUGUUGUCAUUUCGGAGCCACAGUGAAAACUCGUGGCCGCCUGCCACUUCGGAGGUUCUUGGGCAGCAAAUAUUUCUGUCUUGUGCAACUUGUUCAGCUAGCAAAUGUUCUUGCUGCUCCUGAUGGCUCAAAGUAUUUUGCAUGUCUGCAACCCCAAAUACUACACCAAAAUUCGCGAGUCAUACUAAAGAUUAUAAAAAGGGGACCCAUUACCUCCCUGUUUGGCAUUCAGUAUCAAGGGUUGGAAUUGGGGGUUAAAUAACCAAAAAUGAUUCUCGGGCGCAGCCACCGCUGCUGCCCAGUGCUCCUCUCAUAUCCCAGGGGGUGAACAAGGAUGAUGGAUCAAAUGCAGAGGACAAAUUUCACCACACCUAGUGUGUACAUGACAAUCAUUGGUACUUUAACUUUAGAGGCAACUUGUUUUUCCACUCUACUGCUACUUUAAAGUCUGUACUGUGUUCCAGAUCCGGACCACGAUCCAGUGGGGACCCGGCCAGCCCACCUUAUGAUAUGAAUUACAAAUCACUAUCAAGAUUUUUUUUUUAAGUACGGGUUUAAACAUGAAUGAAUAAAUGGUUUGUAAUGAUAAAUACAGCGUUUUUAAAUAUGAUUUAAAAGAUCAUGUAAAGGAGAACUGAACUUUUGAAAAAAAUGUUUGCCAACAAUUCACAAUCAUUAUGAGAAACAAGCACACUUUUUAUUCCUUUUUUAUGCAUUCUAACUUGUACAUAAUGGCUAGCAAAAGUCAGCUAACAAUAGAGAUAAUGGUGUUCAAUCUCUUGUGCCUAUAAAACGUUCUAAAAACAUCAAUCAUUGUUUUAUAGACACUGUAAGUAUAUAUGUAAUGUAGUAACAGGCACGUUCAUAAUAACAUUUUGUAUUUUUGUAUUUUGGACAUUUUAGGCAUCAUCGGAACAUUUUGACUGCGCAACGAUUUUACAGACACUUCAGUUCCCAUUACGUGUUGUAUACUAGUAUGGUAACCUAGAUAAACAGCAAGUCUAACUUCGGGUUUCACGAGCCAGGAUCAGAGCGUCUUGCUCCCUUUAUUGUUGACAAAUGCAACUGAUGACACUUUUAAUACUCAGAGAAAUCACGAGUGAAACUGCAAUAACAUGCGUAAAAACAAAUCAGAUAGAUAGCAUUAGAAAUCAUGCAUUAGCCAGUGUUCAAUCACAAGUGCUAUGGCAUUAUAUAUGUUAUUUGCAUAAACAAUUGUAGUCUCACAUAAGGACGUUACAAAUGAAUAUUUGACAGACAAUUUACUGCACUGAAAAUAACCACUAGAUGGAAACAAUGCUUAAAAAUGGCACAAUCUUGUCACCUUAGUGUUGCAACAACUUAUUUUCCUUCAUUUGAAGCAAAUGAAGGCUCAAAACACGACGGCAAGUUCCAACGUUCACCGUGUGUUUAGAGAAGCAUUCUACAAGUUUCCCAUAAUAUCUUGCGACUCCCGCAAACUCUGUCAAAAUAAAACACACUGGUACAAAACAAUUGUCAACUUCCUGUCAAGAAAACAUGCAGGGCAAACGUUUGGUAUUUCGUUCAACAACUAUUACUAAUCAUGGCAGACUUCAUGAGAGCCAACAAAGACUACUUUGGGACAAAUGGCCUUCCAAAAACAUAUAUUUUUGCGCGUAAAUAUACAGAGGAUGAGCUACAAGUUUUGGAAGCUGAUUGAUAAGCAGAUCCAGCAAGUAGCAGUAUUGCUAAGUGAUAAACAAAAAAUACAAACUACGAACAUAAUAAAACAAUCACUUACUGUACAACAUCUACUCUCAUGUGGAUGCGGACUGUUGGGUUGUGUAUAUCUCCCUGUAUAUCUCUCUUCAUAAUCAUGCAGAUAAAAAAAUAUAUUUAAACAUCCGCAAACAAGCGUCUUCUUGUGUCUUUCUUGUCAGUUCCAAGUCCAAGUUGGUUGCCAAAGUUGACCAACUUGGCAACAACCUUCUAUUAUACUCGAGAGGGGCAUGAUGUAUAAUCUAAAAUUAACUUUCAUCAACUCGGAGGCGAUGCAGCAGUUCAUUUUGUAUUAUUACACCUAGGAAUUUGAUUUGAUUUAUUCUUUGAAUGCCACUUUGUCUAUUUGUACUUGUGUUUAACGAAAGUCACCGAAUAGCAUUCAUUUGGUUUUAUUGAGAUUUAAAGAUUGUCUGUUUUUGUCAAACCAUCUUAGGUCAUUAUUUGUAUUAGCUUCUGUGGUCUCUCCUGAACAAAACACAGUUGUGUCGUCUGCAAAUAUUUCUAGCUAAGUCUUUUGUAACUUUACAGAUGUUGUUUAUAUAAAGAUUGAAAACUUCCCAGUAUUGAUCCCUGGGGUACGCCAUCAGAUAGAUUUAGCUCUGUGGACAUUUUUUUGCCUGGCUUCACGCAUUGCUUUCUGCUGAUUAAGUAGCUUCUUACCCAGUUUAAGACCAACCAUCCGAUUCCAUAACAUUCUAAAUUGUUAUUAAAAUAUUAUGAUUGUGUCAAAGGCUGUUAAUAAAUCCGUAAACACUACAGCAGCACACUGUUUACCAUUUAUUGCAUUGGUAAUUUCUUCCGUUUUUUCCAAUAAUGCAAUGGAUGUUGAAAUGUUGGCUCUGUAUCUGUAUUGGUUGUCAGUGUGUGUUUCAUUUGUGUUUAUGAAUGUGUCAAAUCUGUUGUUAAAAAACAGUUUUUCAAUUAUUUUUGAAAAUUGUGGAAGUAAAGAAACCAGUCUGUAGUUUGUAAAGUGUUGUUUGUCUCUAGUCUAAUAAAUUGGCACAACGUUUGCUAUUUUCGUUGUAUUUAGGAGUUUGUCUGUUUAAAAUGAUAGGUUGCUGAUACACAUUGAAGGUUGUGAAAUUUCUUCAUUACCGUGUUUAUUGUUUCCAUAUCAAUCCCGUUACAACCAACAUCCCUCCAUCUUCUGGACAGUACCUCUCCCCAACGGACUCUGAUGUUCUUUUUAUUUCCGGUGGGCUACGCAUUAUCCAUCUUAAUGUGAACAGCCUCUCUGGAAAUAAACUCGACCAAAUCAGAGAAAUGUUCCACAACAAAAAGGUAAAAAUCCAGUGUUUCUCUGAAACUAAAUUAGAUGAAAGUGUUUCUGACUCAGAGAUAGAGACUUCUCGGUCAUCAGAAAGGACAGGAAUAGACAUGGUGGUGGUGUUUGUAUGUAUAUUCACCAGGAUAUUAAAUACAUAACUCGCGCUGAUCUUGAUCACAAUGCCCUUGAAUCUGUGUGGGCAGAAAUCAUAUUCACAAACGCUAAGCCUGUACUGAUAGGGACUGUAUACAGACCCCCUAAUCAGAGUGAUUUCUAUGGUGCUCUUGAAAAGUGCUUAGCUGGAGUAGACAACAUGGAGAAAAUUAUAACGAGAUCUGAACACAAAUCUUCAAAUCUUACAGCAAGUGUUAUGACCCGCUGCCCGGAUCAUACCAUAUUCUAGUUUGUUCCGUUUUUGUGUCAUAUUCUGUCAGUGUUUGACUUCCUUAGUUCCUGUUUGUUCUGUCACCAUGGUGGCUUAUUAUUUUCACCUGCCACGGUUUCCAGACGCACGCCUGUUUUUGCUAAUCACCGUCCUUAUUUAAGCCUGCCUUUUCUAUUCAUUGAUUCUCGCUUCCUAGUUUGAGUUACACGCAGUUUGUGUUUCGCAACAGUAACGACUCUGAUUCCCAUGUUUUCACUUGCUAGCCCUCGCGCUUUUUUUCCCCCUCUAGCUCCCAUGCUAGUAGUUUUUGUUUUGCCUUUUGUGCCUAGUGCAAGUUUUUCUGUUACUUAGUCUGUUUUAUUUAUUAAUAAAUCAGUAUUUCUUACCUCCA